UUUAAUUUGAAAAGCACGCAAGCGGUCUCUGGCUUCGUGGUUUUUGAGGAAUAUGGCUGUUCGCAGGUCUGAGCUGAAAUUUGUUUAUAGGAAUCGAGAGGCAGAGACUUAAUUAGUCAUUAAAUCCUUUUCGCGAUUUAACGACGAUUUAACCUCGUUGUUGCCGAGUGUCUUUAUUGUUCUAGUUUUCCCUCUCCGUGUGUUGUUUUUGGUCACCACCGCGCGUUUCUCAACUCCGACCCCCCCUGUCAGUUUAAAAGGAAUAGGGAUCUUCUGGGUUUCGUUUUACUUCUUGAUUUGAAGUCCUGCAGAACCCCCGCAACUCCCCCCAAAAACUGCUAAAGGUGUGAUUUUUUCCCCUGUUUUUCACUAUCACGCUGAACCUUGCAGCUGUCAUCUUCUGUUAAAGGAUCGCAGGGGUGCUGGAGCCUAGCCCAGCUGACUCUGGGCGAGAGCAGCAGGACCAAGAUGGACGUCAACCUGGACGGAUUGUUCCGGCAUAACGUCAGCUACGACUACGACGAUGACUACGCGUACAAAGAUGAUGACCCGGAGUCCCAGGGCAGCCAGGCAGUGUGGAUCCCGCUCGUCUACUCGGUCGUUCUGAUCCUCGGCCUGUUCGGGAACGGGCUGCUGCUGGCGACACUGGCACUGAAGAAGCGAGCGUGGAGGACGUCGGACAUCUUCAUUCUCCACCUGAGUGUCGCCGACAUCCUGCUGCUGGUCACGCUGCCACUGUGGGCGGCACAGACCACCCAGAGUUGCGGAUGGUGCAUCGGACUCGCUCUUUGCAGAAUCAGCGCAGUUAUUUUUAAGCUAAACUUCUUCUGCGGGAUUUUUCUCCUGACCAUCAUUUGUUUGGACCGUUACCUGUCGUUGGUCCACGCCAAGCAGCUGUACUCCCACAAGAAGCCCAUGUUGGCCCACCUCAGCUGCCUGUCGGUGUGGCUCGUCUCCCUGCUUCUCACCGUCCCCGAGUGGCUCUUCGUGGCGUUGGAACGGCACCCGUGGAAGGAGAAGACCCAGUGCGUCCUCAGCCUCUACCCCACCAACAAGCGCUUGGCAUCGCGCCUUCCCCACCACGUGCUCAGCGCGGCCUCCGCCAUCGUCAUCGGCUUCUCGUGCGCGAUGCCGUGGCUCCAGCGCCCUGCCAAAACACUCCGUAAGAGGGUGGUCACACUCAUCCUAGUGGGGGUCUUCUCGCUCUGCUGGAUUCCGUAUAAUGUCGCGCUCGUCGCAGACACAUUCAGAGGGGCAGAGAACACCUCCAACGGUUCGUCCGGUCUUCCCCAAAGUUCCCGGAGGACCUCUCUGACCGUCACGGCGGCAUUGGGCUGCGUCCACGCCUGCCUCAGGCCGUUGCUCUACCUCGGCCUGAGCAGCGAUUUUAGGAAGUGGACCCUGGCGGUGUUGAGUUGUGUCGGAGCAGAACCUAAGGGGUCAGUGUGGGAAUUGGGCGUGGGUGACGACGCCUCGCUCGAGCAGAGACCAGAGACGGAGGAGCUUAAGCAGAUUGCCAGUGUGGAGCAGCAAGUGCAGUCUAAAAUGGCCACGUAGCAGAGGUGGGGAACUCGAAGGAAGUUGUGCAAUUCAAACUUUAGUCACCAGUUUUAAGACUUGGGACUUCCUUGGCUAAAACAUAUGAUAGACUCGAAUCGACUUGACUUUGACUUGAUAUUCAUGAGCCUUGACGACUUCAACCUGAAUUACAGUGGUACCUUGACAUACCAAUGCCUCACUUACAGGUUUUUCGAGUUACAAGCUAUUGCAUAGUGGAUUUUUUGAAGCAUUUUGUUGCGAGCCAAAAUUGUACAUACAAGUGAAGUGGAAAACAAAUGGAGCACUGUAAUACACUCCCGUGUGGGCAAGGAAAGACACACUUACCAAUGCACUUUCAGCCAUUUAUUGAACGGGACCAGCAGCUAAACAAAUAAAUUACAAAUAAAAAAAAAUGAAAACACACGCACAAGGAGCAUGGAACAGAUGUCACCAUGUGGGAAAUGGCUGACCUGAGCUGAAGUCAGAGCUCCUGACUUCACUCACGAGGCCACACCCCCUUUAAAGGCGCCCGUCAAACACAAAUACACUGCUCUGUGUGUUUCUGUGUGAGACUUGCGGCUGAAUUGCACUUCUUAAAACGAAUGUAUUUCUUUACAUUCUAUUUUAUUAUGUAUUUAUAUUUUUCAAUACAGUGAUAUUUUUCUUUAUUAAAACGUACAACAAAAAUUGUGGUGGUUUUGGGAGGCUGAAACGAUGAAUGGCAUUUCCAUUCAUUUUAUUGGGAAAAAAAUGUAUUUGAUAUAUGAGUAAAUUUGAGUUGCGAGUUUGGUCAUGUAACAAACUAAACUCAUAAGGUAGCACUGUCUUGGCUGUUUAUACUUCAAAAUCUGCAUUUUCAAGAUGUGCCAUUUGUUCUGUUUUGAAAUAAAUGUUAUUUUCUGUGUCGUGCAUGCAAACCUGGCAACCCACCAGUACGCUAUGAUGCAAAAAACAUGUGAAGGGCUCAGAAGAUAAUUCAAUUUGGUUUCAAGGAUUAUGUUUUUGAUGAAAUAGAGAAAAAGAGAAAAGCAACAUGCAGGAUUUGCAACUCGAGAGAUGAGACCCAACAGCCACAACAUCUAACUUCAUGAGUUAUUACAAAAACUAGAAGGACAAGUAAACUGUCAACUUCACAGUUUAGCUAACCUGCAGCUGGUCAAAUGUAGGCUUGAAGUCAGUUAUGUGUUUAAUUGAAAACACAAUCAAGUAAUAGACAAUGUGGAGACUAGUUUGGAACCAUUAAAAACGGUAAUUGUGAGCAUGUUGGUACAGCUAACGAACACAAGUACCGAUAAUGUUGACAGUACAUGCUAAUACCAAGUGGAUAACGUGCAACUGAGCAAGAGUACACUUGACUCGUGAGCUGCUUAACCCAAGUAAUGACUUGACUCGACUUGCUUGACAUUUAGUGGAAACUCGAAAUUGACUUGCUUGAUUUUUGCCAAAGUAACAUAACAAUAAUAAGAAGUACCUCUGCCACAUAGGUCACUAUUAUUUUCUGAAUGAUGCACUCUGAAUGAUGCACUCUCAAAGGGAAGUUAGUGUCAUAUUUAACCACUGUUUCACAACAUUUCUUUGUCACUUUGUGUACAUAUGUUUUUAAUGCCUGUAUUUUAAUAGUCGCUCUUAUUGCAAACUUGUGUUGUCUCAUACACUGCCUAACCCUCCUAAAAAAAAAAAAAAAAAAAAAAAAAGUCUGCUUUUACCAAAGCAAUUGGAUACGUGCCCUUCUUCCUGGUCUCAAAUUCUUGGUCUUGGUCUCAAAGUGGUCUUGAUUUUGACUUGGUCUCCAAGGCUUGGUCUUGACUUUUCCUUAGAGUAUUUGUCUUACCUUGGCCUGAAAGUCUAGGACUUGACUUGGCCUCAAAGGCUUGGUCUUGACUUGGCCUCAAAGUCUUGGUCUUAACUUGGUCUUAAAGUCUGGGUCUUGACUUGGCAUCAAAGUCUUCUUUUUGACUUGGUCUCAAAGGCUUGGUCUUGAAUUGGUCUUAAAAUCAUGGUCUUGAUUUUAACUUGGCCACAAAGGCUUUGUCUUGACUUGGCCUCAAAGUCUUGGUCUUGAUUUGGUGUCAAAGUCUUCUUCUUGACUUGGCCUCAAAGGCUUGGUCUUAACUUGGGCUCAAAGUCUUGGUCUUGAAAUCCUGGUCUUGAUUUUGACUUGGCCUCAAAGUAUUGGUCUCAAAGUCUUGAUUAUAACUUGGUUUCACAGUCUCGAUCUUGAUAUGACCACAAAGUCUUGGUCCAAAAGUCAAAGUCAUGACUUGGUUUCAAAGUCUUUAUCUCAAUAUGUCAAUAUGUCCACAAAGUCUGGGUCCCAAAGUUAUGGUCUUGAUUUUGACUUAGCCUUAGAGUCUUGAUCUCAAAGUAUUGAUCAUAACUUGUCUUCAAUUUCUUCAUAUUUAUAUGAAAGUCUGAGUCCCAAAGUCAUGGCCUUGACCUGCCUUCUUUGUCUGAAAGUACCAUAUUGGUCUUGACUUGUUUCAAAGUCUUGGUCUUCACAUGACUUCAGUUAUUAUUAUAAUAGUUAUUAUUAUUAUUAAUGUUUGUGUAUUUUUAUGUACAACACUUUGUUUCAGCUGUGGUUGUUUUUCAAAGUGCUCUAAAAAUAAAGUUGAGGUGAGUAAUCCAUUGAUCCUGACCAUCUUUAAUAAUGAGAAGUAUCAGUAAUUCUCCAAGUCCGAAGAAAACUUGAAGGUAUUGGGAGCAUGAGACCACAUUUUCACACAGGGAUUGACCCCCACCACCACAUUGCCAGAAUCCAGACUGUAAGAAUCUUUGGAAUGUGCUGAAGGAGGCUUACAGCUGUGGCCCAAUACAAAUGGAAUUUAUCCAAACGAUGCUGUGUCAUAAUCAAAGCGACAGGCAAUCCGUGUAGAGCAGUGUGUGAGUUUUUAUGGCUGGGCAGUGUAAUUCUAGUAGUUUUAGUAGCUAAAUAUUAUUAUAUGUUGGGAAGAUAAGCUCAUGUCCUUAUCAGUCAUCUUCAACGGUGCCGAGGCACUUGGUAAAGUCGACAGUGACAACUAAGUAAUCUGGCCAUUUUACUCCAAGAACCACGCAGUUACGUAACAAGCAUGCAAGGGAAUUUCCUGCUGGGCAAAUCCUGCAGUGCUUUUUUUUUUUCACUGUUACAACAUGAUUGUGGAGGGCACACAGCAGGUUGACACAGAUAUGUCGGUAAUGUCAUUGGUCAUGUUUCUACUAGACUAUUAAAAGCUCUUAUGUGUUGACUCCCUGUCUGUUUGGGAGGGCUUGUCUCUCACAGUCAACCAGACCAACCUGAUUUGUAAGCCGAGGUUGUGUAAAUGCAAAGACACGAUACAAAGAACGAAACCGGGUGAGGGAA